GAACCCAAACACCAAAAUCCACAAAAAAGGACCUACAAUGGCAACUGAGGGAUUAGGGCUUGAAAUCACCGAGCUCCGGCUGGGACUCCCCGGCGGCGGCCCAAUUCCGGCGGAGAAGAAAAGGGUUUUCUCCGAGAUGGAAGAGGAGGAGAACGGUGGCGGAGGACGCUGCGGGAAGAGGAACCAGGUGGUGGGUUGGCCACCGGUUCGCUCGUACCGGCGGAGGAACAGUUUUAGGGAGAAGGAUGAAUCUGAAACAACGACGAAGAUGUCGUACGUGAAAGUAAGCUUGGACGGAGUGCCAUUUCUUCGGAAACUUGAUUUGGUAACGGUGGCGGGGUACGCCGAUCUCGGCGGGGCGAUGGAGAAGCUCUUUGGUUGCUCCAUUGGAUGCUCUAAAUAUACUAUUACUUAUGAAGAUAGAGAUGGAGAUUGGAUGUUGGUUGGGGACGUCCCUUGGAAAAUGUUCACUGAAUCAUGCAGGAGAGUGAGGAUAAUGAAGAAAACAGAAGCCAGGAGAUCAUCAGAGAUGAACUCAUUGAGCCAAUAGAGAGAGCUUCUUCAAGGGAGCUUAUGGAACAUAGAAUAUUACAAAUUCUCAUGAAUCUCAGCUAGAUUAUUUUCUUUUCAUCCAAUUUUUUAAUUUUCUUGUUUUAAAUUGAUUUUUUUUUUGGUUCAUCAUUUGCCAGAAAUAAACUAUCUAAUUAAGGGGUUAUGUUCUCUAAUUAUUCAAACCAUUCUACCUUUGUAAUGUGUAUUUAGUACCUUUUAGCAGUGGUAUUGGUUUUGAUGAAUAUUGGAAUGAAAUAUAGGCUUGUUAUUUGAAGUUUUCAAUGAAA